AUGGUGGAAGUGAGAGUUCCAAACCUUGACUGUGAGGGAUGUGCUUCAAAGUUGAAAAGAGCUCUUCUAAAGCUCAAAGGUGCGGAAGAAGUGGAAGUUGAGAUGGAAGCACAAAAGAUAACAGUUAGAGGGCAUGCAUUGGAAGAGAAAAAGGUCCUAAAGGCAAUUAAGCGUGCAGGAAAGGCAGCUGAGCCGUGGCCAUUUCCAGGGCACUCUCACUUUUCGUCAUUCUACAAGUACCCAAACUACAUUGUCAACCAUUACUAUGAUCCAUAUAGAAACGGCCCCACAAACGGCGUCCACACUUUCUUCCAUACCCCGGCGGCUUAUUCCGUCGCCGUGGCAUCCGACGAGGCCAUCGCUUCGAUCUUUAGUGAUGACAAUCCACAUGCUUGUACUAUUAUGUGAUCAUAUGGUCUUGUGCUUGAGGGGAAGGAAUA